AUGGAAAGAGGGAGCGAUAGAGACAGACACACCAGAGAAUAUGAUAGAGAUAGAGCUUACAGGGGUAGAGAUUAUGAUAGAGAAAGAGAAAGAGAAAAUGAUAGGUACAGAGAGAAUAAAGAUUAUAAAUAUAGGGAUAGAGAUAGAGAUAGAGAUAGAGAAAGAGAAAGAGAAAAUGAAAAACAAGAAAGAUAUAAAGAGUAUAUAAGAGAGAAUCAACAAUUCAAAGAGAGAUAUCAGAAUGAUAAAAAGAGGUCAAGAGAAAGAGAUGAAGAAGCACAACAACCAAGAGAAAACUACAGACCAGAAGAUGAAAUACCUGAUCUACCAGAGAAUAAAGAAGCAAGAGAUUUCCUAAUGAACGCACCUUCAAAAGGUUUAUGGAUGCCACUUGGAAAAGAGGUGAAAGUGAUGCAAUGUUGGAAAUGUAAAACAUAUGGACAUCGUGCUGUAGAGUGUCCAAACUCCGGUAAUCAGAAUAUUGAGAAUGAAAGAAGGUAUAGAGAAGAUCCUAUGCCAUCAUCCAAAGACGUCAUUAAUAAUAAAGUUGUAAAUAACAUUAAAGAUAACAAUAACAAUAACAAUAACAAUAACAAUAACAAUAACAAAAGAUCAAGAAAAGAAGAAAAGUUGCAACAACUAAGAGAACUGCUGGCUAGAGCAGAAAAACGUAAAGCAGAGAGAGAAGAAAAACGAGAAAAGAGACGAUCAUCAUCAUCAUCCUCCAAACCUGACAAAGAUAGUUUAUCUGAUUCUGAAAGCUCUUAA